AUGCUAUAUCCCACGGUCGCACAGUCCGACUUUUGGCUCAGCUUCCACUCCGCCGGCAUCCCGAACCUUCACACCUUAACCGCCAACUAUCCUUCAACCACCUUCCCAACUUCUCGGGUCCGCAUCCCCGCUGCAUAUAUCGCAAUGAAACCAGUACCAUUCCCAUUUGCCCUUAACAUCGGCACAGACAUCGUGCACCUCCCCCGAAUAACCGCCCUCCUCACGCGCCGUGGUAACUACCUAACACGCUUCACCCGCCGCAUCCUCUGCGACCAAGAACAACGCGACUUUCACCACCGCUUCAAAGAGUCCCUAUCUCUCCAAUCACAAUCGCAAAACAAUUCUGCUACACCCACGCGCUCCUCAUUCGUUACAGCCGACAUGACGCGCUGGCUCGCAGGCCGGUUCGCAGCGAAGGAAGCCGCGCGCAAAGCUGCCCCAGACGGAGCGGCGUCAAUCGGAUGGAAAGACGUUAUGGUUCGGGUGCAGGAAGAAUCGGACUCAGAUCUGGAUACGGAUGUGAACACGGGUGUGGCACAGUCUCACCUGGUUAACGGGCUUAGUCGGAAGCCGGAGAUUGUGUAUUUGGGGAGUGCGGAAGACGGGAGUGAUAGUCGGGUUGGAAAGCUUUCUAUCUCUCAUGAUGGGGAGUACGUUGUUGCGACUGUUUUGGCUGCAGGUUGA